CCGGCUAGCGGCGGGGCUUGCUGUCCAGAAAGAGUGGCUUUUUGCUUUUGCACUUUGGAGGUGUGAUUUGGGCGGCAGCAACCUCGGGAACCACCAGUAAUUACUCUGUGCUUUUAUUCACACAGUAUAUUCAUGCAGGCAGUCGUGCUCUCAUUGAAUGCACACGUUCACGGAUCACAACAAUAACACCCGAGUGUUCGUUGUAUUCCAGGCAGCGUUCUAACAUCUGUGCCUAGAUUACCUCUUUUAACCCUCACUGCAAUCCCAUGACACAGAGGAGAAUGCGUGUAAAAACAUGCAAGAAGCCCAGGAAACGCACGUCUCCAACCACUUAGACGAGGUCGUUGCUGCCGUCAGCAUAGGUCCUGGAAAGAAGGUCCCCAGCAAGCUGCCUCAGACGCUGCUCUUCCAGCCUCCGAGAGAGAAGCUGCACCUCUGUGAAGAGAAAGCCAAGUCCUACUCCAGCAGGCACGAGCACAAGCAGGCGAUCGCGGAGCUCGUGCGCUGCGUGGCGUUGACAAGGAUCUGCUACGGUGACUGCCACUGGAAACUGGCAGAGGCUCAUGUCAACCUGGCACAAGGCUACCUGCAGCUGAAAGGACUGGCGCUCCAAGCAAAACAACACGCAGAAAAAGCCAAAGAAAUCCUCGCCCACUCCAUCGCCCCUCCCGGGAACGACAACACGGACGUUUUCCGCUGUUCCAUCGAGCUCUUCCACACCACGGGGAGAGCCUCGCUCUCCCUUCAGAAAUUUAAGGAAGCUGCAAAGAACUUGACGAAAGCAGAGAGGCUUUCGAAGGAGCUGCUGCAGCGUGGGCGGAUUGUCGAGGAAGAAUGGAUGGAGAUUCAGGCACGGGUCAAGCUGUCCUUUGCACAGAUGUAUCAAGGUCAGAAGAAAUCAAAAGAAGCUCUGCCCCACUACCAGGAGGCUCUAGAAUACACUGAGAUGAGUAAAGGAGAGAAGAGUCUGGAAUGCGUGCCAGUCCUGAGGGAGCUGGCAGGUGCAGAACAGGCCCUGAAACAGCACGACGCGGCCGUCAACCACCUCUUACAGGCACAUCUCAUCGUCCUGAACGCGGAGCCGUCUGAAGAGGAGGCUGCGGUGUCCGCGCACUGGGUCGCCCGCGCUGCCGUGGCUUCUGGGAGGCCGGAGCACCACGGUGUGGCGGAGAAGCACUUCCAGAAGAGCCUAGACAAGCUGAAGGGUGCCGAGGGGACGGCGAAAGCCAAGUUUCUCUCCAUUCAAGAUGAAUAUUGCCAUUUUCUCCAAGUCAGUGGUCAAGAUGAGUUAUGCCUCUUGCCUGCUCCAGAACCUUCUCUGAGCCCCUCGGCCUGGCCCGGAGGCCCUCCUACCAGGCCAGCCUGUGACUCCGCCUCAUCUCUCCUGGCUCCUCUUCCUACUUUCUCAGCUUCAGCCAGAUAGGUCCGCUCACUGGCCUUGAACCCGCCACGGGCUCCUCCCAUCACACACCCACCCUUGUUUCCCACGCCCGCUUUGUACUCCCCUCUCCAUUCACCCUUCCCAACUCCUCAAGGCUGACUCAGUCGGUCCUCGCAGCCCCUGUGGCAUCUCUGCUACUGCCACCGCAACUUGCCACUCAGGUUCCCCCGGUCAGGCCGACGAUGGCACGGAAAACUUCAUGUAGGAAAUACAGUCGGGCUGUGCCCUCCUGCAUCCUGGCAGCCACUUCCCAGCCCUGCACCGCACUAAGUCCUUGCUCACAGAUGUCCCUGCCUGUGACAGGCUUUGGCAUCAGCCAAGUCCCCCCAUGCACUGAGGUGGGUCACACGUUCCUGAUUGACGCAGUGUCCCUGUCCCUUCCGGGGGACCCUCUUUCCACCUGUGAAAUUUUUCUGCCCCAUCGGCGCCUUUGCUGUGGUUCCCCAAACACCUUGUCAUAUUACUGCCAACACAGGAGUGAGGCCCUGUGAGCUUCUUCUGUCUGGAAAGGCUUUCAGGACGCGUUCAAGCUGGCGUGGCCCUGCCCCUGCCCCUGCUCGCGCUCGCCCUGAAACUCAGUGUCCCGUU